GAGGGUCUUGGCAGACACAUGAAGCAAAGUAUGCUGCCUGUAAUGCAGGCUGGAGAGUUGUCUUACACUCCACUCUAAAAAUGAGACGGCCAGCCAGGCGAGGCUUGCCAAAAUAAGACACAGCCGCUUGGAAAUGAAUGCAUUGCUGAACUGGUUUUUAACUUCCAAACUGGCCACCACCUUGAAUUGUUGCUGUAAUGCUCUUAAAAUGAGUGCUAUUACACCACAGGGGGAAGUUGUGUGUGUGACAGCGAGAAAAAAGAAAGAAAAUGAAAGAAGGAAGUCAAGAUAGAUAGAGUGAAAAGAGAGGGGGAAAAACCCUGAGUCACUUGGCUUCCUGUCUGAGAAAAAAAAAGAAAAAGGAAGGGGGUGGAGGCAUCUUCUACUCUAAGCUCAGUCAGACGGUUGAGCCCAGUGCAAUAUUCAACAUAAAGUGCACUGGGGGUGGUUGGUGUUGGUGGAGGAGUCCUUGUCCUGCUCACUGAAUCCAGUCCAGUGCUUCAGGGCAGCCAUCAGUGUUCACUAUUGUGUGCGGCUGAGGGAAGAAGAAAAAAAAAAAAAAAGAGGAGGGAGCAGAGGAGGGAAAGAAAACCUGUCUCUUUGUGUGGGAAGGACUCAGCAGGAAAGUGAUUUUGUGAUUAUUUUCAGUUUGCCAGCAAAGCAAGAGUCUCUCCCACCCCCCCCCUCCAUCCAUCUCCAGGACCUGCAGCAACAUCUCGUCCACCGCUCUUGCGUCCAAACCUUCUCUCCGUUGUGCUUUUAGAACGGAGUCACAUAUGAGUGUGCUUUCUCAGACCGGCAAACAGCGACACCCGGGCUUCUCCUGAUGAUGAGAGCUGACGUCAGACCGGUUUCCAUGAAUAUUGAUGUGGAGGAUAGUCUGUUUCAUAGAAGAACAGAAGGAGGCAAGAUGGCUGCCCUUUAGGAUUUGUUAAAGAGUAGAUCCAGACGGUUUGUUGGAAUUUCUACAAAGUGGAGGGACGCAAAAAGGAGGACGGACAGAGGGCAGCCCUGUGGAUGGACUCUGAGCAGGCCAGAUGGAAACAGAACAAGCCAGACAUGAGACGGAAGAAAGUCUGAUAUUAGCACAAUUUGGCACAUCUCACAACAUCUCUCACAAACUCCAGAAUGGAAGCCAGUCUUCAGAAGGAGAUUCUCUACAGUUCACUGGGGAUACGAACUGGAACCAUUACAAGCCCAGUACAGGUGUCAGCUCCAUGAAGAGGCACAGGGAGAACUGCAAUAGCCCUGCUUCAGUACAAGGGAUGUUUGACCAAGGAUCCUACAUGAUGAAUGGAGAUUUGAUGAAUGGAGAGUUGAAGCGUGCACUCAGUGAGCAGAUCCACCAGCCCAAGAAACUUAAAAUAGAUUCUGAGAUUAAAGGAAAUGAUGACAUGAGUUCUGGUUUGGUAGACAACUUUCCUGAGUUGACGAAGGCUACAGAUAUUAAGUUAGACAAGAGGAACUGUAAUUUUCCUAAUGGAGAUAUUUUUGGUCUACCAAGGAACAAACAUGUUUCAAUUCCAAAUGGUGCUAUAUCUCCCCCCUCAACCAUAGAAAGCACUCCGGGUGAUCUUUUAGAGAAAACUUUGUCUCAGUAUUAUCCUGAGCAAGUGUCAAUUGCACCACAAACAUCUGGGGCACAGCUAGAUGCUGUCAAUGGUUCACUUGCAAACAACCUGCCCAGCGAAGGUGCUCAAUCUCCCUCUUCAGCCUCAGGAUUGCCCAAUUCAGCCCAGAUGCCUGACUCACAGCAACAGCAGUCCAGGGCAUCAGGCAAUGUUGAAGGAGGUAACAAUUAUAACUCUGUCAACUAUGUAGUGAAUGGCUACUCCAACAAUUUUGAAGCAGACCACCAGCAGCAACAACAGCAGCAGCAGCCGCCACCAUCUUACUCUGGUCAAGAGCUGUCCCUAAGUCAGCUGCCUGGCAUGGUUCCAUCUACAAAUACUGCCAAUGGCUCACAACAUCAUCAAAAUGGCCCGCAGCGUUACCCAGAUGAAACAAAUCCUCAAGGUAUAUAUACGAAAACCAACCAGGAGUUUAACCAGAACUCUUUUUUGGAGCGAAAUGCUUCUCUACAGGCAGCAGAGGCAGGUGGAUAUGGAUCGUUUCCCAACUCUGGGUUACAGAAGAUGGGGCAAAGUGAGGAACCUGGGUCUGAUCAGCAUCAGCACCAUGGCAGUGUCAGAGGCCACCAGUAUGGGAUUCAAGCCCAGACCUUAAAACAAAAUGCUGGGAACCCACGUGGAGCUGACAAUACAGGAUCCAUGGGACCCAGUCUCCAGCAACCACGUCAUGCUGGGUUAGAAAAUGGGAUGGAGAACACAUCUCAGCAGAGAGCCAACUUAUCAUGUUCAACUCCCCACCAGAGAGGCUGGAUAGAGCUGAACUCUUCACAUUCCCAGCAGCAACCAGCAAGUGGCCCGUCAUCCCAGGCACAAGAGCAGGACAUGUGGAGGGGCUUCCCUGCUAAGCCUCAGUCAGAGCAGCAGACAGCUAGUCCCCAGGUUCACUGCCAGAUGUUGGAGCCAAAUCCAGCGCCAAGAUUCCAGACACAGGGAGUUUUCACAGAUAGUAGCCAGGGAUCUAACAGCUUCCAGAAGCAACAGCAGGACUGUCUCCCAAACCAAACGCACUGUGCUCCUGCCCAGCACAACACUGCCACUGAGUGGCAGCAGUCAAAUUCUAAAGCCCCACAGAUGCACCAGUCUCUACCCCAGAAAAUGCCUGAGCAGUGCAACUUCCCCCAAAAUCAGCAGGCAGAGAGCCGCUACCACACCCAGAUGCAGUCAGAGCACUUAUGUGAAGACCCUGACCUGCAGGAUAUACUGUCACCUGGGUUUUUACCAACAGAACAGCAACAACAACAACAGCACUGUCAACUUCAACGUCCCUUGUCCCACCCACCCCAAUUUGAAGGGCAGCAACUGAAGUCUCCUAAUUACAGACCUCGCAGUCAGCCUCAGCCAGGUCAGCAGCAGCUUCAACACAACCAGCCACUUAGAAACAAUUCUGCUCAGUCCAAUAACCAACACAUCCAGCACAGCGACCAUGUAACAUUCAGUUACAAUAACACAACAGAGAUGCAACAACUACAACAACAUCAAAGGCAGUAUCCACCAAACUCAGGCACCAGUAACCUCAAGCAAUUUCAACCACAGCGGCCUACCAACCACUGCCACCAGCCCAACAAUGCGGACAUCUCCCAGACCUCUACACAGUCACAACCUCACUUACCACAAGGUGCGCUAAACCAACAGGUGUCAGGACAGCUGUAUCCUAAAGCUGAACAGCAGCUUAAGAUAUCAUGCGCUCAGUUCCAAAGGGGACCUCGACUACCUCUGGGACCUGUGGGUACCCAUGGUGACUUUCAGAGGCAUGCAGCCCUGCGUAUGCACCUGUUACAAAAGCAGGAGCGCCAGGGCCCUCCUCAUCAUCCUCAGAGCAUCAGUGACCCCAAACAUGGCCUGAGAGCUGUGAAAAUGGAAAACGGACCCAGAUUUGAGAUGCCUGGGCCACAGCAACAGGAGCAGCUGUUACAGAUGCGAGAGGCAGGCAUGGGUGGAAUGCAAGUCAAGCAGGAGAAUCAGCAAUCCCUGUGUGAGCAAAGCAAGAGGCAGGGAAGCAUCUUGGCAUCUAUGGAACAAAGUCUAAGGCAGUACCAGCUUUCACCAGUGUUUGAGAAGAAAUCCCUUGUCAUCAAUUCAAAUAAAAUCAAAGUGGAAUCUUCUGGGCCUGUCACAAUCCUGUCAACCAACACUGAUCUGUGUGGAGUGGAAGCAUCAGCAGCUGCCUCAACCAAUGUAGUUCUCAAAAAACCACCUGAUUCCACCCCUAAGAAGGAACACCUCUUACAAAGCUUCAUGGAGUCUCCUAUGAAGCUAUUGGAUACGCCUAUAAAGAACCUAUUGGAUACCCCCAUGAAAACACAAUAUGACAUUGCAUCCUGCCACUGUGUUGAACAAAUCAGUGAGAAGGAUGAAGGCCCAUACUACACUCACUUGGGGUCAGCGCCUAGUGUUCCUGGUAUACGGGAGUUGAUGGAGAAAAGGUCUGGUCUAACUGGUCGUUCCAUCAGGAUUGAGAAAGUAAUAUACACCGGCAAGGAAGGGAAAAGUACACAGGGGUGCCCCAUAGCUAAAUGGGUGAUUCGUCGCGGCAGUGAAGAAGAAAAGCUACUGGUGCUGGUACGGGAACGUACUGGUCACACAUGUGACACAGCCUGCAUCAUUGUGGUAAUCCUGGUCUGGGAGGGCAUCCUGCCCAGCCUGGCUGACCGCCUCUACCUCGAGCUAAGUCAAACUCUAACAAAGCAUGGAGCCCACACCCAGAGACGCUGUGCUCUCAAUGAGGAGAGGACCUGUGCAUGCCAGGGGUUAGAUCCUGAUGCCUGUGGAGCAUCUUUCUCCUUUGGGUGCUCCUGGAGUAUGUACUACAAUGGCUGCAAGUUUGCCCGGAGCAAAAUACCAAGAAAAUUCAAGCUAGUAGGAGAUGAUGUGAAAGAGGAAGAGAAAAUAGAAAAUACCUUUCAAAAUCUGGCAACCUUAUUGGGUCCCUUGUAUAAAACUAUGGCACCUGAAGCGUAUGGAAACCAAGUGGAACAUGAACACAGGGCAACAGAUUGCCGUCUGGGAAUGAAAGAUGGUCGUCCUUUCUCGGGGGUCACUGCUUGUCUUGAUUUCUGUGCCCACGCUCACAGAGAUCUCCACAACAUGCAGGGCGGUAGCACUGUGGUGUGUACAUUAACAAGGGAGGAUAACCGAGACAUUGGAAAGAUACCAGAGGAUGAGCAGCUCCAUGUACUGCCUCUUUAUAAGGCUUCCAGCACUGACGAAUUUGGCAGUGAGGAGGGUCAGCAGGAGAAAAUCAAAUCAGGCGCCCUCCAAGUCCUCAGUGCCUUCCGUCGCCAGGUGCGCAUGCUUGCAGAACCCGCCAAGUCUUGUCGGCAAAAAAAGCUGGAUGCUAAGAAGGCAGCUGCCAACAAGAAUGCCAUGUUGGACAGCGCUAAUGAUAAGGCAGAGAAGGCUCUCUUGGCCAAGGCAAAAGCUGGCACUUAUGAGAAUACCAUUCAGAGAAACCCUAUGGCAGGACUUAUUCCAGGUGCUGUAGGAGCAAACCUACAGUUGGGUCAGGCAACACAUCCCCUUGGGGCCCAUCAUCAGCAAAUACAGCAACAACAGCACCAGAGCAUUCUUCCUCCCUAUCCUGGCUCACCAAAUGCAGCCAGCUACCCCAGGUUCCCCAACCACCCUGGGUCUUUUCCAAGCACUUCCAAGCCAGCCAGCAUGUAUCCCCCUCAGCCACCAACACCAACCAGCCCUUACCCGUCUCCACUUCAUGUACCAAACUCUUACAUUAAUGGAUCAAAUCGUCCAUAUCCAGGUUAUCAAUGCAAUGGAGGAACGCCCCUUGACAAUUACCAUCCAUACUAUGCUUCGAACCCAAAGCACCUGGACAUGUAUCGACAACAGAGGCCAGCGCUUUACUCAGAGCAGCAGUAUGGUGUACAUCAAAGAUUUGGGGUCAAUUAUCCACCAAGGUAUGUUGAGCCAGGCUUACAGGUCAAUGGUUACAAUGCCUGCAGCAUGAGGCCAGUUCACCCCAUAAGACCUUAUGCCCCUUACAGCCCUAAUGGAGCCUCAGAUCCCCAAUUCAUGGACCCUCUCUCAAGAGCACCCUCAGCCCAUGGAGGUUUGGACUAUACAGCAGCUGUGAGCAAAGCCAGUCAGUUUGGAGGAUACCCAAACCCAUAUCUGUCUCGGAGCCCUCAAAUCUUAUCCCCAGGCCAAGAUCCUUUCCAUAUGCAAAUCAAAACAGAGAUGGGCAUGCCUCGCCCACAGAUGCUUUCUGCUCAGUUAAGUGGUGGGUGUUUAAACCCUGAAACCCAGUCAGGGUUAGGUGUGCCAAAUGGGAACCUCAUGGGCUCUGGCAUUAAGCAGGAACCUGGAACACCACAGACACCCACAACACCACAAAAACCAGAGAUGUGGUCAGACAAUGAGCACAACUUCUUGGACCCUGACAUUGGUGGUGUGGCAGUGGCACCAAGCCAUGGAUCAGUUCUCAUCGAGUGUGCAAAACGUGAACUUCACGCUACAACACCCCUUAAAAAUCCAGACCGCCAACACCCAACACGCAUCUCCUUGGUCUUCUACCAGCACAAAAAUAUGAAUGAGGCCAAGCAUGGUUUGGCGCUGUGGGAGGCCAAGAUGGCAGAGAAGGCUCGGGAGAAAGAGGAAGAUGCAGAGAGAAAUGGCGGUGAGGGGACACCUAGUAAGGGCAACAAAAAGGGGGUGAAGCGUGAGCAUUCAGAGUCAUCAGAGGCCACUGGGGAGCCACCUUACAAGCGUUUUAUCCAGGCACUAAUGGAGGCGUCCUUGUCGGGCACAACAAACACCUAUGUCAACACAUCUCCGUACGCCUUCACCAAGGUCACAGGGCCUUACAGUCAGUUUGUGUAGAAAACAUUAAUGAAGAAGACAAUUACAGGUGCUUUAUUUAUGUCAAACAAAGAACACAGGCACCACUGGCCUCAUCUAAACACUCCUUCCUUUCUGUAAGGUUAUCAACAGUGUUGCAUUGAAAAAGGAAAACUGUGAUCAGAUGAGAUAUAAAAUCACCUUUCACAUCAGGUCUUUCACCUCUUUACCAAUCAAGCUUUACUAGUUGACCCUGUUAAGGAUGUAUUUAUUUUUUGCUUGGCAACUUUGCAAGAUACACACUGUUAAAAUCUCUGGUGCUUUCAGUCUGAUACAUAAGGACCUAUUUUUUAAAUGGAAACAAAGUUUCAUUUUUUGUGGCUUUAUUUUUCUUACAAAAUUUUGGAGAUGUCAUCUGGGCAUAAAACACUGACUUUGUAAAUGACAACAUUCACGGUGCUAAAACGUGUGCUUAUUACCAUUUAUUUGAAUUCAAAUGCCUUCACACUAUAACCAGAACACACUCUACGAGUGAAACGCAAUUACUUAUGUCAACAGGACACUGAACAUUUCAUCCCACUGUCAAAUCAUUCUCAUCAUAAUGUUUUUUUUUUGGCAAGUCAGUGUUUCUUAGAGCACUUUUUGAUAAUGAGACUUAAAUGUUUUGGUUUCUUUAAAUCAUAAAAUCUGGUUAUUCUGCAUCAUUGCAUUGAGAGUAAUUUAGUUAUAAGCAUCAUUAAAAUGAAAUUUAUGAAUUUAUAACAGUGGGUUGUAUGAGGCAUCCAUGAAACAUUUUUGAUCAUGCAAAACAUUUUUUUAAAACUAUCAGUGUGUUGGUGCUUUCCUAUGUCAUUUAUACUGUAAAUUGAGCCAUUCUGAUGGUGCAUUUUUAACAUUUUGAGGAAAAAAAAAUCUACGUUUGUGUUAUUUUAGUUUUUUUUCCAGGUUUACUUUGUUGUCAGCGACUGUUUUUAAUGUUCCUUACCUUAGGUUCAUUGAACAAACCUGGACUGUGAAUAUUACAUGUAGUUUUAUGUCUGUGGUGCUUAGUAAAUGUGCUUUUUAUACACUGAGGAACAUGAAACAGGGUAAGCUCAGCGCCAGUUUCAGAGGGCAGCUGGCUUGCUGUGGAGUCUUUAAUUAUUGCAAUCUAACUGUAAGAUAAACAGGUGAGAUUUGUACAGUAAGUUAAUUUCCCUUUUUGGAAUUACUGUUAUAGAUUUUGUGUUGUAAAGAAUGCUAACAGCCUAUUUCAUUGUAUUUCUUUGGGUUUCAACUGAUUUUAUAUCAUGAGGUGCUAUUCAACCUACUAGAAACGUACAAUGUGAGACUCUUUGGGCAGUGAGAAGGCUUUUAAAUAAUGUACAGUACAAACCUGUCAUAUACCUCAAAACUAGUUUGGCAAUAGGAAUCGUAACAUUUUUCUUUCUUCCUUUAUAUAUUACUUUCAACAGUUAAACUUUUGGCCACCAAAAGGCAUACAAGUUCAUUUCUUACUUUCGUAUCAAUCUGGCAGAAAGUACUACUUGAACUUCUUGAUAUUACUGUAAAAUCAGGGACAUUUUUAAAUGUCAAUUUCAAUCUUGUGUACAUCUUCAUCCCCUGUAUUCAUCUUGUCUUUUUUCUCAUUCAGGUACUUGCCAUUGCAUCCUGAAUCCAAUUCUAUACUUCACACAGUCAAAAAUUGUUUUGUGAAGAAAAAAAUGCUUUCCUGCAACUUUUUUUUUUUACUUAUAUUUUAGUUAGUAGGAUGGUGGUAACCUUUUAAAAGUAAUUUGAACAUAUAUGCACUGAGUUGACUAAAGGGAAAGUAUGAUAUUGACUAAAUAAAAAGGCAAUGUAUUUGCUUUUGCUAUGAGGCAAGACCAGGGCAGUGAUCGACGUAGUUGCACAUCUUUGUGCCUGUGUAUAGUUAAAUUUAUUUAUAACCACUAAGCAAUUGUAUAAUGAUUUCUCUUCCCUGUCUAUUUGAUUUAAUUAAUGCGAUAUAUAAUGGAAUGACAUGUCAUGUUACAGUAACACCUUACCCCACUCUUCAACAUAUUCAUUUUCUGAGAGCACUUCAUUUUUUUCAGGAAAAAAUAUGUAAUAAAGAAUUACAAAACGUUUUAUUUAAACAGAUUGUAAAUGUGUUAAAAAUAAAUAAAUUAUGUCACAUUGUACAUACCAAGAACCUGUAUUGCAGGAAUGCAACUCAUUCUUUGAUGUUGAUGUAGGUUCUCCUUGUUCUCUCAAAUUGACCCACAGCUCUUCUAUCAGCAAUCCUCAUCAUAUCUUUAAAUAUUCUUUUGGCAUCUUCAGGUUUAAAGAAUGAUCAUGGUUAGAUUAUCCAGGAAGUCUUUGUAAAUUUAUGCUCACUGUCACAGCAAUGUUUACAGUUGUAGUAUCCUGUUCGCUCAGACAUUAGAAGUUCUAGUUUUUGUUUUUUAACUGUUCCAGUUUUGUAAAAUAAAUCUACAUAAAAAAUAAAAAAAAUGUUGAAUUUCGUUGUACAGGACCCAGCUACAGUAGCAGGUUGUGGUUAAGAAAGCCGAGGUGUCUAAGAUAUAGCGGGUUAAAAGCAUAGCCAUACUUGAAGAUGCUUCAGAGUGUUUCUGAGUGAGUCAACAUUACUUGAAUGACUUUCUGGGCUUAACUAGUACACUAUAUGUGCUCAGCUCAAAGGUUAAGCUAGAAGUUGAUACACACUUGGUCUUUUUGCAGUUAGACACUAAAGGGUAUAAAAAAAGUGCAACUUUUUGCCUGUCAUUUUAUUUUUUAAGGCUUCCCUUGUUCUCCAGAAGUUUGGUAUGCUACAAAAAUGGAAUUAAGGAUGGGUAUUAAUACUGUAAGUAUUGUAAUGUACUGAAUGCGGUUUAUUUGAAAGCUGUUUAUUAUAUCAUUCCUGAUAUUGCUGAGAUGUGGGUGUUUUUUUUUUUUUAAUAAAAUUUAUAUUUAUUUAAAGCAA